AUGGCUGUAGCGACUUUAAAUGUAUCAGCUACAGUCUAUACUAGCAAUCAAGUGAUCGAUGUGACUUGGACACCAACAUCAGCUCCAUGUACUGAUGAUUUUAUUGGCAUUUAUUUUGCCGAAAUUCCUCUCACUGACGCUUGUAAUUAUUUUGAUUAUGAAUUUGUUAAAUCUAAACAAACUAAUAUGUCAUGGCAAAUGAUCAAUCUACGUCGUCCACUUCAAUUUCGUUACUACUCACGUGAUCUUUCUUGUUCAGGCAAUUAUUCAUUAAUUGCUCAAUCAGUCGUUAUUGAACCAGUGAAUUACAAUGAGCCAACACAUAUUCAUUUAGCUUACGGUGAUCGAUUAGAUCAAAUAUUUGUUUCUUAUUUAACUAAGUCAUCACAAUAUACUCCUCAAUGUCAAUAUGGAUUUGAUUCAUUCACACUUGAAUUUUAUCAAAAUGGUACAACAACUACAUAUACAGCAUCAGAUAUGUGUGAAGAAAAAGCAACCUUAUGGGGUCCACAAAAAUUUAUUGAUCCAGGAUAUAUGCAUACGAUUUUAUUAGAAGAUCUUCGUCCAUCAACAACCUAUUUUUAUCGAGCUGGAAAUAAUGAACAUGGAUGGUCAUCAAUCUAUUCAUUUACAAACCGUCCUGCAACUAAAAAUGAAGCAGUAACAUUGAUUGCAUAUGGUGAUAUGGGUUUAUCACCAGUAGAACCAGGUGCUAAGUCAACUAUUGAUCGAGUAACGACACGAAUUAUAUCAACAAAUAUUACUUGUUUGUUACAUAUUGGUGAUAUUAGUUAUGCUCGAGGUAUUGGUGCUCUAUGGGAUGCAUUUAUGACUCAAAUACAACCAAUAGCUGCUCGCGUACCUUAUAUGGUCAGCAUUGGUAAUCAUGAAUAUGAUCAUGUUACAGGAGGAGAUAAAGAUCCAAGCGGUGCACCAGGUCCUGGAGGAUUUAGACCAGGAUGGGGUGAUUAUGGUACUGAUUCAGGUGGUGAAUGUGCUGUUCCUAUGGUUCAUCGUUUUCAUUCUCCAUCAAAUGGCAAUGGUCUGUUUUGGUAUAGUUUUGAUGUUGGUCCAAUACAUAUAAUUUAUUAUUCAACUGAACAUGAUUUUCGUCGAUCAUCACCUCAAUACGCAUGGAUUGAGCAAGAUCUUCGUUCAGUUAAUCGUUCUCGUACUCCAUGGCUUAUUGUUGGUUCACAUCGGCAAAUGUAUACAUCAGAAAUAGAAUCAAUUGGAGAGUAUGAAAUUACAAUGAUGUUACAAUUGUACUUAGAACCAUUAUUCUAUCAAUAUCAUGUCGAUGUCAAUCUUUUUGCACAUCGACAUUCAUAUGGACGAACAUGUCCGAUGUAUCAAAGAAGCUGUGUUGCAGAUGGUGUAACACAUGUUUUAAUUGGUAUGGCCGGUCAAAACUUAGAUUCAGGUGUUUAUUCAACAGUUCCGUGGAGUAAAUAUCAUGAUCAACAAUUUGGAUAUACAACAAUAUUUGCUAAUCAAACCUAUUUGCAUCUUACAUACUAUCAUAAUAGUGAUGAUAGUAUUGCUGACCAAUUUGUACUAAUGAAAUAA